GAUGUGACGUUACGGACUGAGGAUUUGCGAGCCUCCUUCCUCCAUCUUGUCAUUAACCCCCUCCCCCAUCGAACUACGAGACAACCGGGGGGGAAAGACAAUCUGCUGUCAUCCUUCUCCCAGCAACCCUUCCCCCACCCGAAAACCCGCUCAUCGGAACCCCCUCACCCGGCGCGUCGAGCCCAGUCCGUACUCAAUGAGCUUCCCCCGCAAUGUCCGAGCGGCUGGGGCAGAAUGCAAAAGGAAAGGAUGGCAAGAAGUAUUCGUCCCUCAACCUAUUUGAUACUUACAAGGGAAAGUCCUUAGAGGUGCAGAAACCAGCAGUCACCCCCCGCCAUGGCCUCCAAAGUCUCGGUAAAGUUGUUGUUGCCCGGCGUAUGCCUCCCCCAGCUAAUCUUCCUAGCCUGAAAGCAGAAAACAAAGGGAAUGACCCCAAUGUCUCAUUAGUACCCAAAGACGGAUCAGGAUGGGCAAGCAAGCAGGAUACACAAGAGCCAAAGAGUUCCGAUGUCUCUCCACCAGUGCAGCCGGAGUCGCAGCCGCAGCCGGUUAUGCAGACGCCUGCAUCCAACCAGCCGAAACAUCCCCCAGUUUCACAAGAGCCCCCACCUCCAGUCGCCGCCGUGGUAAAGACCUGGGCACAGGCCAGUGUCACACAUGGGUCACAAGGAGAUGGUGGAAAGGCAUCAAACCAACUGUCGCCAUUCUCUCGCGAGGAAUUUCCAACCCUGCAGGCUGCUGGGGACCAGGACAAAAGUGGGCACGACCCGGACACCUCCGCUGUGUCGUAUGGGCCAGGACCAAGCCUCCGCCCCCAAAAUGCAACAAAUUGGAGGGAUGGGGGUGGGAGGGGGGGAUUGGCUGUGAGCUCCCUUGAUGGUGAAAGCCGAGAGCCACCUUCAGAAACGGGACACCCCCCCAGCUGUGAGGCAGCCCCUCGCCCAGGGCUGCCUCAACCCACACCCCAACAGUUCCCUCAAUAUCGGGGGAUGCUGGCACCAUUUAUGUAUCCUCCAUACUUGCCGUUUCCCCCUCCCUAUGGGCCACAGGGGGCCUUCCGUUUUCAUGGACCAGAUGCCCCAAGGUUCCCACGUCUUGCAGCACCUCGUGUCCCACCAGCAGUUCCCAGAAUGCCUCAGCACUUGAAUCGUCCGUCCAUUUUGAAGCAGGAUGAUCUUAAGGAGUUUGAUGAACUUGAUCAAGAGGCAGAUGAUGGCUGGGCAGGAGCACAUGAAGAGGUUGAUUAUUCAGAAAAGCUAAAAUUUAGUGAUGACGAGGAUGGGAAAGAGACAGAUGAGGAAGAAAAAAGGGAGACUAAAGGUCUCAAUACUGACUUAUCUAUAACACAACCGAAGAAGGUGGAAGAGUCUUCAGAUGUUAGGAAAGGUGCACCUGCAGAGGAGAUGCCCCCACCAGCCAAAGUGGCAUGGACAGAGGGAAACGGAGGCCAAGAGCCUGUAAUGGCAGUUGCUGCUUCUGCACCCCCUCUUCAUAGGACCCAGGCAACCCAAAGAGGCCCACAGCCUGAGCAAAAGGAGAAACCGACAGUGCCCCAGGCAAUGACUUCUCUGGAAGAUGAGGAUGAGGCAUGGCGCCAGCGCAGGAAGCAGUCCUCCUCUGAGAUCUCACAGGCAGUAGAGAGAGCAAGGAGACGAAGGGAGGAGGAGGAGCGUAGGAUGGAAGAUGAAAGGCGAGCUGCUUGUGCUGAGAAACUUAAACUUUUGGAUAUGAAAUGCCGCCCUGCACCUGAUGAGGUGGAGCCUGCUGUCAGUAUGAAAUGUGGAGGAAAUGAUGGUGAAGAACUAAGAAGCCAGACUCCUCCAGAAAUGGAGGCCCCACUGUCUGCUGUAUCUAUACCACAUCCUGAUGCAUCUCCUCCAGUACCUGAAAUGCCUCAAGUAAAAGUAGAGUGUGUUGCCCCACCAUCUCGGCCUGAGAUUAAACAAGAGUCAGCACCUCCUGUAAGCCGCCCACCUCCUGCAGGUCCUUCCCAGAGUGGAUAUGCCAAAUUCCAAAAGAGCCUGCCACCUCGUUUCCAGAGGCAGCAGCAGGAGCAGCUCAUGAAGCAGUGGCAGCAGAGCAGAGACCCUCUCCCUUCAGCUUCAGUUGGACCUCCAACCCAGCAGCCUCCAGCUCCUCCUUCACAGCCUCCACAGAAAGCGCUUUACAGCGGAGGUUCACUGGGACGGACAACCCCAGCACCACAACCACCUCAUGGUCCCUUACCUUCUCAUGUGAGCUAUGAUCCUCGCUGGGUCAUGGUGCCACAUUUAAUUGACCCUCGCCUUAUGCAAGGAAGACCCUUGGACUACUAUACACCCACUGCAGGGGUACACCCUUCAGGGCUGAUGACACGAGAACGCUCAGACAGUGGUGGCUCUGGAUCGGAUAGGUAUGAGCGUCAUCCUCCACUGAUGAGGGAACGGACAACGCCACCUACAGACCCUAAACUUUUAUGGGGAGGCGAAAUGUUUAAUUCUCCUGAGGCAAGGCCUCUAAUGUCCUCUAUGCGACAAAAUAUAGAAGAUAACAACAGGGAAAUAAGAAGUGGCACACCUCCUUCUCGCACUGUUGCUUCCCAGAAUCUUCAGCAACCCUCUUAUUCUGGUAACUUCAACGCAUAUCCAGAAAAUUCUGCCUCUGCUCAGCAGACACAUGUUGGGCAUCAUUAUUCUACAGAUGAACAACAUACCUGGCACCAUCUACACAACCAUAAAUCUUCACCAACCCCACCUCCUCUGUCCAGUGAACAAAAACAUCCAGAUUCAGCCACUACUCAGACGCCCCCUCCAUCGGCCCCUUCGUCACAGGCCCGCAGACGGAAUGAUGAGCCUGUCAUACUAAGGAGAGAGGCUUCUGCCGCUCCUCCUUUGCCAGAUGCCCCUUCCAAAGAGGAGACAACCAGUAUGCGUCACAAAGAGGACAAAAAGGAAAUUGGCAAGGAUGAGCCAAAACAUGAAAGAACCUUGCAAUCUAGCAGGCCAGAUUAUCAUAGGCCGCCUUCUCGUCGGGAAUCCAAAACAGAGACACGAUGGGGUCCUAGACCUGGUUUAGGGGGAAGUAGGAGGCAAGAAGAAACUGCAGCUACAGGGGGAUCACAGGCUCAUACAACAACACAACGUAGGGCAGGGCCUAUCAAAAGAGGGGUUAGGAGGGUGGAAACAAUUACCCAAGAGAAUAAGACAAGUCCAGCUCCUCCUGCUGUUUCAGAGACACAGAAAAAUAAACAGGUCAAUCCGUCAGAUAGGGAGGCAGAGGAAGCAGCAGGAUCCCCAUUGAGGAGGAGGAAAGAAAUUGCUGGGACCACACUUCCUGCUAGAGAAUCUGUAGCUUUGGUUCCAGCAGGACGUGGCCGUGGAAGAGGAGAGUAUUUUUCCCGAGGGCGAGGAUUCCGUGGAGCAUAUAGCGGACGAAGUAGGGGUGGGAGAGGAAGAAGUCGCGAGUUUCGUGGGGGCUAUAGAAAGGAAAGCCCUUUCUAUCGAGAAGAUGGAAUUGCAGAUGGUAAGUCAUCUGGACGUAGAGAUGGUCGUGAACGCAACACUAGUGAGACAAGAAGUGAGGGCUCCGAGUAUGAGGAAGUGCCCAAAAGAAGGCGGCAGCGUGGAUCUGAGACUGGAAGUGAGACAGAGCCUGCCGUUUCUGAAAAGGAGGUGGCCAAGAGUGGGCAAUCCCAGCAGCAGAAAGACUCUUUUAAUUCAGUUAGUCAGCAUCCACCCGAAAAGGGGAAAGACUCUGGCAGAGGACGUACAUUCACCCCAAGAGGAGUACCCUCCAGAAGAGGAAGGGGUGGGACAUCCAUGGUAACCUUUAGUCCAUAUCAAAAAUAUCAGCCACAGCAGCCUAUGCUUCCUCCGUCCCAGGCAGCACCACAGUCUCAUAAACCAGAAAGGAAAAAUGAUAAAGGGGCUUUUACAACUGUUCCAUGUGUAACUGGAGAGGAGCAUCCACAACAGCCACCAAGAAGGAGGCGUCACCAUGGUAGAUCCCAGCAACAAGAUAAGCCACCACGGUUUCGGAGGUUGAAACAAGAAAGGGAGAAUGCAGCAAGAGCAGGAAAUGGUACAGGAGCACAGGUUCCGCCUCAACAAAUUACAGUAGCACAGGAACAGCCCCAAAGAUCCAUACAAAAUCAAGAGGAACGUACCGUUCCCCGCAGAGGACUUAAGUCCCCAGAACCUUGCAAUGCUAAUUCAGACCAGGCAAAUGAAGAAUGGGAGACUGCAUCAGAAAGCAGUGACUUUACAGAAAAGAAGGAAAGGGGAGAGGUGCCAGUCCAAAAUGGCGGCGAAUCAGCACUUUCCUUAAAUGUUACAUGUGUAAAAGACCAGAAAAGAGAUAUGUCAAAAAGAAGCUUCUCAAGCCAGAGACCAGUCAUGGAAAGGCAAAAUCGUAGACCCAUGCACCAAGCUGGCCAAAGAAAUAACAAAGGAGGUGGUAAUGGCAGGAGUGGAGACAAGAGAAGCUGGCCAUCACCUCGCAACAAAGGGGGUAGGUCAAAUGAAGACCGUGCUCCUGCCUCGUUACCUCUUCCCCAGUCAACACCUACGACUAACGUUGUAUACCGUGUGGAUCACGUGAUACAUAACCCAGUGGGGAUCCAGCAGGCACUCAGUGAACUUGGUCAGAGGCAUAGCAAACGAGCCAGUCAUAACCUGGAUCCAUCUCCUGUGCAUAUUCAACCAUCUGCAGAUUCCUUUGUUGUCAGCCACAGUAAACUUCUUAGUGAAACAUUAGCUACACCAUUACCAAAACGAAAUUCACAACUUCGCAGGGGCAAAGAAGUCACUCAUGAGCAGGAUAUUAUUCCACAUGGAGCAUGCAAGAAUGCCACCACUUGGACAGAGCAAGUUGUUCGAGAUCACCAGCCAGAAGCCCUGGCACCACGUGUCUGGAGUAGAGAGCAGAGCAAUGACAGAGAUAAGCUGCGCUCUUCAUAUGCUGUGGAACCAUGGAUGGAAAAUUUAAAUUCCUAUGAAGAUCCUAUAAACACAGAGAUGAGUCAGUCAGACAGUGGGGUUGACCUUAGUAGUGAUUCACAGCUUUCUUCAAGCAAUAGCAGUCAGCGCAGCUCCCCUGAUGGGGGGUUGAAACCUGAAGAGGCAAAUCGGUCAGGUCAAGGAAGAGCAAUUGAACCACUUCGACAUGGACAUUCGGUAGUGGUCCAUACCCCUGGACCAAUUGGAACUGAAAGAAUGCAGAAAUCGUCUGCAGAUAGUUCUUGUGGCCCAUGCAAUUCCUCUUCCAUUCCUCCAGUUUCUUGCUCUCCCAGCCCUAAAAGCUAUUCCCAAGCAGCUGAAGUUAAUAAGCAUGGCAGAGACGCACAAUUUACCAAAAGUCUGCAACCAGAUGAGACAUGUUUCUCAACUCGAGCUCCCCAACAGCUUACACUUUCAACUGUCACUCCUGAAGAAACAAGACCUCCGCUUCCAGAGGAUCGGAGUCAGCGAUUGUAUUCAAACCAGUUCUAUCAGGCAUCCCUUCCUCAGUUGGAUGUCCAUGUCAGCAAUACAGGCAGUGGCUACAGUGGGUACAGACCUGGGACACCCUCUUUGCAGCCCUAUAGAUCUCAGCCUCUGUACCUACAUGCUGCUCCAUCCCCAGGGUCCUCCACAGCUCUUUUGCCGGGCUCUGCAGUGCUUUCUGGUAUCACUUUGAAAGGGCAGUAUAUGGAGCUAAGUGAACUUGGGAAGGUGCCUGCCAGUGGCCUCCUCUACCAGGCACCUGCCUUUCUUUAUAGUGGCCAUUACUGCCCUGCUCAGGUCACCACUGACCAACAACAGCAACUGCUGCAGGUCAGACAGGAUAUGGCACCUCCAUCUGAUUAUUACUCUCCUCCAAUUCAUCACACAGGACAAAGUGGAUAUCUGCCACCUGCCCCCACUCAGCAGGUUCUUCUUUCUGUGAUGGACUCACAACUUCCAAUAAUGGGGUUUGGCUCACUGUCUUCUGCUCCACAGCAGCCUUCACUGAUCACAAUGGGACAAGCCAUGCAACCCAUUCAUCCUCUUUCUGCAACAGGGCAAACACAUUCGCACAACAUAAGAAAUGAGUAUCAGACACACUCAGCAGAUAUAAAGCAAUCUGAGGAUCACAGGAGGUCAAUGGGUGGAUCUGGGCAUUGUGUUUCAUCUGCAGAAAGAAGGACAAAGCCUUCAAAUUAUGGAGUUUUCAGAAAUCGCUUUGAUGUUUAUCAGCAGGCCUAUCCUUCAGAUGCCUCCAGAUGGACUGCUAGACCAUGGGGCAGAGCCCCCCCUCUGGAUACUGACUCCAAAAGUACCAAAAGCCCCCACAGUGAGGGUAACCCCUAAUUGAUAUGUAAAAAUGGUCUUGAUUGCAUAUAGGCCACAUUCAAAGAUCGCUAGCGCUAUAUGCAUUCGCAAGAAGUCUCCCCAUGUUAGGUUCAAAAUCCCAUUCACCGUUUCUACUCUGUACAUUUUGUUUUGAUUCUUCAUUUUUUUCGGAUAAAUAAAGAGUAUUUUCUCCCGC